AUGCGAAAUGUCGCGAGAAUUGGAUCGCUGACUGAGCUCCAAUUUUUAGCUGACAUCGAGAUGACGUUUUCACGGAAUUUUGAAGCCCAGAUUCGACCCGUGGCCAACGAAUGGAUGAUGCAGGGAAAUAGGACUGUUUUUAUUAUCCGGCGAUUUGAAGCUACCAUAUACCCAGAUCCGCAUAUUCCAAAGGAUAUCCUGGCGUUGAGGGCUCGUUUCAGGCAGAAAACUGCUACUUUCUUCCACCGUUUCUCAUUCCCCGAGGGUCAUUUUAUCGAGGAACAGGGCGAAUGGGUCGAUGCUUCCAUUGAAACACAGGAAAUCGCUGUGAAACCGCAUCGAUACAGAGGCGGCUUCUGGGAACCGCAGCCCCUUCUCCACAAAUCAGCACCGCUAUGCCAUGAAAAUGUGCCGACACGGCUGAGGGAUAUGCAAUAUUGCAUCUACGCCCUCUGCCGAGCGGGCUAUCAAUUCGCAGUCCCAACUCAUGUUUUUAAUGUUCAUCCUGGAAUUCGGAACACAACUUCACCACUUGAUACGGCAAUUCGGAAUCAUCAGAAACCACUCGGAGGUGCAUACUGGGAGCCACAGCCCCUCCUCCAUAAAUCAGCCCCAUUAUGCUAUGAAAAUGUGCCAACGCGAGUGCGGGAUAUGCAAUAUUGCAUCUACGCCCUCUGCCGUGCGGGCUAUCAAUUCGCGGUGCCAUCCCACAUGUUCAAUGUCCAUCCCGGGAUCAGGAAGACGACUUCAUCACUUGAUGCGGCUAUAGCAAACCAUCAAAAGCCACUCGGGCCGCCGAGUGUCGAUGGCUUUCAGAAAGUGAUGGAUCUACAGUAUCCCGAAACCGGCGAUAGAUGCGGAUCAUUUUUGAAGCCGUUGCGCUUGCCACUGAAACCA